UGCAAUUUUCUGGCCCGAGCUGCAAUCGUCAGCGCAGCAGAUACAGAUUGCAACUCUCCAAGUUCAAUGAAUCAAUCAACAACAAUCUCACUCUCCUUGCGCCCACUCGACGACACUCUGUGAGCCUUAUCAAGUGAUAGGCGCGCAGGCAGCAACCACUACCCGAGGACUCAGCGCACUCUAAGCAUGCUGAUGCGAUAAAGCGACCGACAGAGGAGUCAGCCAAAAUGGCAGGCCAGGAGCCUCUGCGACAGUUUCGGGAUGUCAAAGAUGCCGUCUAUCGCUAUGACGCCGUUUUCGCGGCAAUCAAAUCGCCAACUGAGAUUUAUGAGGACAAGUUGAGAUCGAUCCAAGAUCGCAUCGCGCAAAUAUGGUCCGAAUUACCGUCGGCGCCACCGGACCAAAUGUCCAGGCUUCAGGAAAACCUGAUUGAGCUGGGCGGCCAGAAGAAGGAACUGGAAAUCGACCAAAAGAACAAUAUUGAGCACUAUGAGAGAGUUCACGCGCACAAGAUCCGGCAAACCAUGGACUCGUUCCGCGACCAUCUCUUUCAACUCAUGGGACCAUCCAGCGGCCAGUCUCAAUUUCAGAUGACGCCUGACACUACACGGCUUGGGACUGAUCGAGUUGAGAGCGCGCCCGUUGAACCCGAGUUUGCUGAGCCAGCACCUAUUGUUCAUAUUUCUGCAGAUGAUGAGAUGGACGAUGGACCAAUGUUUGAUGAUAGCCUGAUGGAUGACACCAUAGAUGACACCAUGGAAGACGGUGCUGAUCACGAACCUGCGCAAGACAUCUUACCCCAGGAGGACAGUGUGAUGCAAGAACCUCUUGAGACUGAACCCCACAACGAAGAACCCCUAGAAGAGCCGCCUCCAGAAAACCCAACAGCAGACGAACCUUUCGAAGCGGUUCCUACCAAUGGGGAACCUGCCCAAGAUGAAACUGCUGGAGAUGAAACCGUUGAGGAACCGGCAGAGGAAGAGACUAUGGAGACGGUGCCCGCCGACAGGGAAGCUGGCGCGGACAGCACUGUAGAGCCUGAUGGCGACCAAGCUGCAGAAGCAGAAGCAGAAGCAGAACCAGUCGAGCGAGAACCUGUCGAUGAUAAGCCUAUCGCAAGCAGGAUUCGAAAGCCUCGCAAUCAAAUAAAGGCAUCGAGCCGAGAUAUUGCUGCUCGCGAAGAUAUUUCUGCUCGCCAUGCCAGAUAUACCUUCAGUCCAUCACCGAGUCCGGCCGCAGAAACCAUCACAGUACAAGCGGACGAGUCUGAUGAUGAGUCUGAUGACGAGGAAGAAGUAGAAGGGGAGGACGAAGAAGAGGAUGAAGGAGAGGAUGAAAAUGAGGACGAAGACGAGGACGAAUCGUCAGAAGAAGAGGAUGAGGUAUCUGAAGCCGAAUUCUCUGAACCUGAAGAAGCUCCCCCGUCACCACGACAAACGAGAUCAAGAGGAACCAAACGCAAGGGAAACUUCUCGAGCCCGGUGGCGACAACCAAACGCCAGAAGUCCGAACGAGCAUCUUCUACCAACAAAGAGACACAAAAGGACGCACCAACAACAGAGCCAACACGACGCCAGACGCGACUAAGUCAGCGACAUCAGGACACGACAGGCACUGACGAAUUCAAGGGGAUUACCGACCCAAAAUGCGGAAAGGUCUAUUUGACAUACUGGGACAAGACCAAAGAAUGGCUUGCUGUCCUCAUUCUGCCUAUGGGCAGUUUCGACAAGAUCGGAAUUCCUGGAUCUAUCGAAACUUGCGGCUUGGCAGAUUCCCUUCCACCUUGUUACCAGUAUGAUAAAGUGUCCGGAGAAUACAAAUGGGCCAAACCUUAUGAGACUGGGAACCGUCUCGUCAACGAACGCAUGUUUCCAGUCAUGUACUUUGAUGGUCGAGACUUUCCUAACAGGAGUGCCAUCGACUGGAUUGACGCAAAGGACUUGCGGAGAUUCUGCCCAAAGCUCAACAAUGAUCUUCUUCCUCACAUCAAAGAGGUCGACAAAUAUAUAAAGGCUGACCCGGCCAGAACAGCUUUGCAGGAAGAUGACGAAGAUGGCGAGGGAGUGCUGCAAAAAGGGGCAACUGAGUCCCAAGCACCGAAUCCAAAAGAACCGAAGUCGAAGAAAAAGAGCAAGUCGAGUGAAAACAAGACUUCAAAAUCCAGCAAGGCCAAGACAAAUUCAAAGAAGCAGGCCCCAGCAACAGAUGCACCAACAGAAGCCCCAACAGAUACAGCACCAGAUACAGAGGUUCCCAAGGUAAUCCCUACGCCGGAACAAACGGCAGCACACAGGGCAGCAGCACUGAAGCCUCAAGUUCUGAGGAUGAUUGGCCACCAUAAUACCUCGGGCAUAUCAAAACCUAACCAGGCCGCAACCUCGAAGCCAGCAACGCCGGCGCCUGCGAAAUCAAACGAGAAAGACCCAAAUGGUCGGCCUGCAUCGAAACCACCGUCUCAUAAGCCAGCAGGGCCGAAGUCAUCAAGCUCAAAGCCAGGAGCGGCGAAUCCUGCAAGACCGGCGGGGAAAGGUCCUAAUCAGCAUGCAUCACCAGCACAAAGAUCGUCGGGUUCGAAGACCCCGGCUGCUUCAGAUCCCAGACCAAAGCCCACAAGACCUGCAGAAAAAGAAUCAAACCAGCCUCCCCUGAAGCCAUCAGCAGCAAAGCCAGCAACAGCGAGACUAGCCGAGAAGAGCGCAAGCCAGUCUACCCGAAAGCCAACAGUAGCAAGAGCCGCGUCGAAACCAACUGAGAAAGAAUCAAAUCAGACUGCAGCAGGUCCAUCAGCACCGAGACCUGCCGAGAAUCGUCAAACCAAUCAGGUCCAGACAAGAGCCAAGCCAACGGGUCCGCGGCCAACAGUAACGAGGGCAGCAUCAGGGACACCUGUCGAGAAGGAGCCUAGCCAGCCCGUCUCAAAGCCGGCGGCACCAAAGCCAACAGCGCCGAGGCCAGCUGAGAAGGAAUCAAAUCCACCUCCGCCUAAGCCAACUGGACAGCGCCCGAACAAGCCUGCUCAGAGCAAGCCUCAGGCACCUGUAACUGCGGAACCUGAAGUUCCUCCUCCAGCCUCCGAUGAAAUUCAAACGGAAUUUGAGACGGCGGUAUUUGAGCCUCAGGAUGAUGAGCCUGCUCCAGUUCUGGAAGAGGACUCUCCAGCUGCCCCUGUCCAGCAACAAGCAGCUCCUGUUCAACAGCAGACUGCUCCUAUUCAGCAACCAGCUCCUCCUGUCCAGCAACGAGCUACUCCUGUUCAGCAACAGGCUCCCCACACCAGUGCUGACCCUCCGCCUCCGCCUCCACCUCCAGUUCCAAGAGCACCAUCAGCGCCGCCAAGGCCUCAGUCAGUUCCGCACCCCAGUAACGUCUCUCGUCCCUUGCCAGCACCUUCGCCAGUGCCAAGGCCUGCAAGUACCAGGAAUCCGCCACGGCCACUACCUGGUGAAGAUGUCAAGGAGGAGAAAAAACCCAUCAUCGUUAUUGACAUUUCGGAUGACGACUCAGACGCUGAAAACAAUGCCGCUGCUGCACGCACCUUGUCACAGCGGGCUUCCCGAGCUCAAGUUAUUCAACAGUUGACUGCCGCUCUCGCAGCUGACUUUACCGAUAGCCAGCAACGAACGACAGCAGCCCAACGUACUGACGCGGAUCGCCUCGCGGCGGUUGACAUCGCGCUGGCGGCACUGAGGCGGGAUGAACCAUUGAAUACGUCGGCUGGACAGGCGUGGGAUCGGAGAUCUCAUGAUGCGACACACAGGCCUGCGCAAGGGGAUGUAGAGAGAACAGGUGCAGCAAUCUACACCUCAGUUGUGACAAACCCGCCUCUGCCAGAUCAGCACCAAGCACAAGUGGCAAACCCGAACCGGAACUUCGGUAGGCAGCUUGGCUCUGGAUCACUCCCAAUCCCACCGACACAGCCGUUGCCAGGACCCAUGGAGAUCGAUAACUAUGCGUCACACCCUCAAUACAGCGCAGGGCCGAGUCCAAUAAGCCAAGCAUAUCGCCAGCCUCCUCCUGACCAGUAUGCACAUCUGCAGCAGCCCCAGCCACGACAAGGGCAGGUUUUUCAACAACAGCUCCUGACAGAGUACACGAAUGCUACACCUAGUCACCCAGAAAACUCAUCUCGGCGGGCAAGUUAUGAUCAGACAGCACGGAUACCCGAACCUCCUCCCACGACUCAGUACUGGCAUACGCAAGGGCGAUUACAGCAGACAGGCGAUCCCCAACAGUCACAUCAGAAUCAAUAUCAGCCAAGCCAAGCGUAUGCUUCCCCCAUGUCCACUACAUCUUCAAUUCACUAUCCGCGACCUGAUUCUCAACAACAAUAUCCGUCUCACCAGGCGGCUCCCUCACAAUAUCAGAAUACGCAGUACCAAACGCAACAGUCGCCAGCGCAGUCAUAUAACCAGUCGCCGCAAGCUUAUCAACAGCAGCCUGUGGUGCAACAUCAACAGCCACAACCCGCCCAACAAUAUCAUACCGCCCCUCAGCCAGCCCCGACGCAGCAGGACACGCUGGCACAAAUUCUGCCAGUUGAGAGACCUACUCAACGCACUCCUUCUCUGGCACACUUGAUGCACAGACAUAUGCAUGAAUCUCCUCACAGCAAUCGUAAUCAGGUGCUGCCGCCACCUUCGCAGGCUUCUCCCCCCAUUCCUUCCGCCCAAGCUCACAACCAGACAUCACAUACAUCUAGUCCAUCCUUUACUAGCCCGUAUUCCGCCCCUAUAACACAGCCUUCACCACAAGCGGGUCAGUUACCAAGUGUACCAACAGUCCCCUCACAGCAAACGACGACUCUCCGUACCAGCCACGAGUGGCCAACCGCAUAUCAAAACAACCAAGUACAGGCACAGCAGGCCGGGGCAUCUGCUGAACGGCCUUCGUCGUCUCAUUAUCAAUCCGCACCCUCAAGCCACUCUCGGUCAGCCUCUGGCCACAGGCAAAACGAGCAGCGGCCUCCCGACCAACCAGCAACUCAUAGCGCAUCUCAAUCUUACUCAUCGCCACACUGGAACCAACAAUCAUCAAGCCAAGCCUCGAAUCUUCCUCCUCCUCGGCCACUCGCGGACAUCGAUCAGCAAUUCCAAGAUCCGAACCUACUGCCACCUUUAGUGUCGAGUAACAGGUCACAAGAACGACCAUACCAGUCUUCUUAUAACCCCUACUCCACCAUUGCUAGCAGUCCGCAACGCCAUGAACCAUCUACAGCUGGAGUACACCCACCUCAACUUCCUCAACCCCGGCAAGGAGGUGCCGGUUCGCCACCGGGUUUCUCUCAACAACAACCUCAUCAACCAGCAUCAGGAGCAGCCUAUCAUCCAGCGCCACUGCAGCAAUUUGAACCAGCUGCUGGACCCGGGCCCUCGCCGAUACAAUCAGUAGCAAGCCCUCAUGAACAACGGGCCUUACCUCCCCGGCCAGAGUCUUCAGCACCUCCGGCAUCACAGUCAUCCGCGCCAACAGCUCCUAAUCAACAAGCUGAGGCUGAGUCUCGUUCGCCCCGUGGUAAGCGAGACAAGCGCGACAAGCUAAACUCAGAGCCGCCGGGGAAUACUCAGCAAUCGGAGCCUGCCAGCACUGAAGCCAACAAAUUUCACCCAUGGGUCCAAGUUGAUCUCAACCUACCCCAAGACCCUCCCGACUGGGGUGACUCAAUGCCAUUCGAUCUUGUAGAGUUCAUUUCUGAGUGGGAGCGCCUUCGUUCCCUACGCCAAGGUCUGGCAGGGCUACGAAACCACAAGGGCGGCCUCGAAUGCUUGUUCUGCAAUGGCCCCGAACGGGUGCCUUACGUCUAUGACCGCAAGAACUAUUUCGAGAAGCAUCUCUUGCAUCACUGGCAGAGGGUGAAGAAGCUUCAUCCCGAGGGGCCAGAUCCUACCCCACGCCCUGUACAGCGGAAACAGCAGUACGUUUCUAGGGAUGGCACUGCGAACCUCAAUCUUUGAUCUGGAAAAUAAUAAAUAGGGAGGGAUUCUGUGAGGUGUAUUGGAUUUAAUGAGGCGUUAAAUGUCGAGGAUGCAUUUUGGUGUUGAAUAGGAGGAUGCACAAGAGUAGUCUACUGCAGAGCUACCAUCACUUUUGUGCCAUAGUAUUUGGAUAGGCAUAGGCUGACUGAUGGAUUGGAUAUAUGAUUGAAUUAUUUACACAUGGAAUGUUAUUUGCUUAAGUCAUAGCGAGGUAAAAGCUAUCAAGCUUAGGGAAACGCGCAUCGUCACAAGAUGCCGAACGUAUCGAAUGCCUCAUAGACACAGAUCAAAGGAACGUUUAGUUCGUUUAGUCCCUUGUAGUCUCAAUCACGCACCGCAACGACGAGUGAGACUGACAUCAUCAACACGCAUG